CACGUAAUUGGUAUACAAAUCGUAAAAAAAUAGAGAUAAAUGUUGGACACGAUGGUGAUGUUCUGUCUAAAUGUUGUGCUUUACAUUACAAAACUUCAAAUAGCUUCAUAAAAUAAAAUACUUUCAAUCUCUGGACUCUUGAUCCCGACAGAGAAUGCAUUCUCUCUCCUCCGAGUCAUUUCUCUCUCUAUCUUAUUAAGACAGAGAGAUCUUCUUAUAAAAAGCCAAAACCUUUACCACCAGCCAGAUCUUCUGCUUCUUUCUUCUCCCCUUUACAGGUUGUCACAUCACUAUAACAGCGAAACUCUCAGCCAUAUCAUCUCCUCUCUCCGAUCUCCAAAAACAUCAUCUUUCUCUCUUCCGUUCUCCUCCGAUGAGGUGUAAAAGACACACCGUCGAUCUCAGCAGCACCGCCGGCGUCUGCGCUUCUUGCCUCCGUGAACGUCUCCUCUCCCUCGCCGCUUCCGCCGCCGUCACAGAAGACGAUAAUCAAUCGCGUAAACCUAACAAUCUGAUUUUCCCUCGCUCUGUCUCUCCUUACGUGGCCCGUAGAAAAUCCGACGCCGGAGGAGGAGGAGGAGUAAACCGCCGGUUCAUCACCACUCCUCAGGUGGAUACCGGAUUCUCAUGCAAGGACUUCGAAUCGAACCGGUCCUCUAAACCGAGAAGCGGUAAAGCUUCGAGACUCUCUAGUCUGUUCAGAGCUAGAUCUGACGAUUUCGAUUCCGAUACCAAGUCUCGAGUUUCAUGCUCGUCCUCGUCGUCGUCUCGGUCGUGGAUCUCGUCGUUUCUCUCCAAGAAGCAACCCACCGCGUGUUACAUCGAGGACGUGAUCUCCAGCCGUAGACCUCAGCGAGUGUACUGUCGAGGGAUGUCGCCGGCGAGAGAUACGGAAGCAGAAGAGGAGGAAAACGAACCGAGAAGAACUCCGGCGAUGAAAACUCCGGGGAGGAGGAAUAUUGCGGCGGGGAUAGGGAGGAGCAUUUCGGGGAUGGGUUUCUGUUUGAGUCCGUUGGUGAGAGCUAGUCCUAACUGUCCGUUUAAACGGAAAAUUAGAUUUCCGUCGGAGUUUAACGGAAGUGGCGGUGAGUUAACGGCGCCGGAAAAGCCGCAUAUAGCAGAAGCGGCGUCGUUUUGCGCGAAUAGAUCGAAGAAGCUUGUGGAUAUAGGUAGAGUUAAUCACCGCCGUUGAGUUAUUGGUGGGCAGGUUUGGUCAAAUGUUUGACUUAGCGCCUUUAAGUGUGUAUCCUCGUAACUACUAAAGAUUUGAUGGAUUUUUUUUUUACAAAAUCAAGCUUUUUAUUUGGUGAAUAAUCAGAUUGAAAAUAGUUUAAAAGACGCUAGGGUUUCUUCACUUUUGUAGUAUUAUGUUUUUUUUUGAAAAAAAAAUUGUAGAUGGAGCAAAGUCUUUGUUCUUGGGAUGUUAGGAGAAGCAAUGUAUGUCAUAUUAUAUUGUUCUUAUGAAAAAUAAUUUUCUUAA